CACAACUCCAGGUCCAAAAGUGGCCACAUAGACUCUGAAAGUCGGACUAAAGUGGCAAGAUGAGAGCCCUGUGCCCGCUCCAGUCUGCCCUCUUGCCCCUGCUGUCACUGUUAUACCUGCUUCAGACCGCCCAUGGAGCUUCUUAUUUUGGGGACAGCUACUGCCGGAUAGAUGCUAUUCAAGACCUGUCGAGUUUUCAAGUGUCGCUCCAGUUUAAAACCAGCAGACGUAGCGGUUUGCUCCUGCUGGCUGCUGGACAGAGAGAUUACCUCUCGCUGGAGCUCUACAAUGGCAGAUUGCAGGCGAGGAUAGACAUGGGAUCUGGAGAGCAUAUUCUGACCUCUUCAACGGGUCUGCAGCUCAACAACGUUCUGGACCAUCACGUAUCUCUUGUUCUGAGAGACUCCAAACUCACCAUGGCUGUGGACAGCCUCUAUACAACCUUUAUUCCAAUGGAUGGAGAGGAUGAGGACCUGAACAUCGACCAGGGAGUGUUCCUCGGGGGUGUGAAAGACCUGGAAGUGGAGUACCAAAGCACAGCUGUGCCCUCCUUGCGUGGCUGCAUGAGCAAUGUCAAGUUUGAGUCUCACGACUUUGAUAUUCUGGAUUCAGCAGCCACCAUUUGUUAUGACACGAAGGAGACUUGCAGCAGUGAGUUUGAGGCAGGAGAUGGAGAAACCACCAGCUUCAUCAGCCCCGAGUCCUUCAUCUCUUUCCCUACAUGGACCAGAAGCAGCUCUAACUCCCGUAUACUGGAGAUGCUGAUGAAAACGACCAUUGAGGAUGCCUUGUUGGCCUUCCACCCUGGACAGCAGGCAGAUUUCAUCGCAAUAGGAAUGAUGCAAGGGCUCCUUAAAGGUGUGAUCGAUCUUGGGAGUGGAAUGCAUGUGCUGGAGAACACAAAAGUCAAAGUAGACGACGAUCAGUGGCACAGAGUCAGAAUUCAAAUAGAUCCCAACGAGUUCCAGAUUAAUGUUGACAGUGAGGUUGUUUCGCUUCCGCUAAAUGGGUCAGAUAAGCUGGAUCUGGUGGGGAACCUGUAUCUGGGAGGCAUUCAAAAGAAGAUGAAGGAGGUGUUUCAGGACGAUUACUUGAUUCUUGUGGAGGAGGAGCUCACAACUGAAUCUUUUAUUGGAUGUUUAGGAGAAAUCAAGGUGAAUCAGAAACACCGUAGCCUGCAGGACGCUCUGAUUACUAAAGACAUUCACGUGAAAUGUGAAGGGGACUAUGAUUACUCUGCUUACGAUGAUAUGGAGACAACCACAACUCUCCCAGUGAGAGUCACAUAUGUCGAUGUCAGUCUUGAUGAAAGACACUGUUUACCUACUAAGGACUUGCCAGAGAUGUUCCACAAUGUUUCCAAGCUCUUGGAAGUCAUUCCACUGCUGGUUCCUGAAGGUGGAGAGGCCCUUUUCGACAUUGUGAACCUCAACCCAACUUUCAAUCUGGAAGCGGCGGGUGUACGUCAAUCCCAGAUAAUCUUUUCUCUUGUAAAUGAUCCCUGGUAUGGCUUGCUUGAUAUGAACAUUAACACAAGACGCACAAAGAAGUUUACCCUUCUCGAUGUCGUCAAUAAGAAAAUCAAGUAUCUCCAUGAUGGCAACGAAAAGUAUAAUGACCAAAUUCUUCUGGAAGUGAUUGCACAUGGAACUAGUCUCCCAGAAUGCCUAAGUGUUGCACACCAGUAUAUUCUUCCGGUAGAGAUCUUGCCCGUCAAUGAUAUUCCUCAGAUUAUCAUGGGUGACAUCUCUGUGACGGCUAAUGGGGGCACACGGUUGAGCCCGAACCUCAUCAGAAUCUCACAUUCAGAUAAUCGGUGUGACAACAUCAAGAUCACAGUCACAUCAGCCCCAACACCUGCUGGAUAUCUGGAGAGAGCUAACCAGCCAGGAGUCAGCCUGAAAGAGUUCACCUGCCGACAACUGAAAGAGGGCAACAUCUACUACAUCCACAAAGGAGGGGCAGUGGCCGAACUUUCCCUGAAAGUCUCGGAUGGAGAUUCGAUUAGCUACUCAUCAACAUUUAAGUUAUUGAUCACACAGCCACAGAUGAAUCUUGUCACCAAUGCUGGCCUCUUGCUUACACAGCAUAGCACUGCCUCAAUUGGAAUACAGCAUUUGGCCAUAUCUGCUACUCCAAAAACAGGAGACAUUGUGUAUUACGUCACUCAGUCGCUUAGAUAUGGAGAACUGCAGUUGAUCUCAAACAAUGAGGUGCAAGAGAUGGUGAUGCAAUUUCAUCAGUCUGAUCUUGAACAGAAUCGGCUGAGGUACGUUCCCAACACCAUGGCGGACCUCACGAACGCACAGACAGAACUUAUUCAUUUCAAGGCGCAGCUCGGGCAAGCCAUCCUUCAUAACAACACUUUUUCCAUUAAGAUCAUUCCCACUCAUGUGAAAAUGGUUAAAGUGGGUCCUCUCCAAGUUGAUCGUGGGAACCCGAAAGUCAUUGGGCUAGAAGAACUACAAGCUGUUGGGAGGGUAGCUAAUAAUAUUGAUCCGAGAAUUACGUACACAGUUCAGAAACGUCCAGCAAAGGGAGUCUUGUUUUUCCAUGGUAAAGAGUUGUAUGAGGGCGAGAGCUUCACCCAACAAGACAUUAUGAACAGGCAAAUUAGUUACAGACCAAUUCUUGGAUUUCUUACCAGUCCCAGUUAUGUUGAGGAUCAGUUCCAGUUCAGUGUAUUUAUAGACAAUCAUCCCUCCUCAUCAUACACAUUUCCGAUCAAAAUUCAGACAGGUUUUGAUGCCCCUGUAUUGACUAAUGAGAGACUGGUUGUGUUUGAGGGCAAUGAGAAUAUUCUAAACAAGGAAUAUCUGUGGGUUCAAACCUCCAACUCAACUGAUUUUGUUUACAAAAUAGCCCAAGAUCCUAAACACGGUCGUCUUAUCAGAGACUCUCCUCCUGGUGUGCAAAGGUUUGAGGGUGCAAUUCAAGUUUUCAGUAAUGAAGAUCUGCUACUAAACAGGCUGAUCUACACACAUGAUGGAUCGGAAAGCAGUCAUGACCAGUUCACAUUCCUGGUGUUUGAUGCUAGAGAUGGCAACGAUUGGCAAGAGGAGGGUAAUGAGGAAUUGAGGGGGGUGUUUCACAUUGCAAUACAUUCCAGGAAUGACCAUGUGCCUCAAAGGGUAAUUCACAAACCUUUUAAUGUAGUUAGAAAUGGCCAGCGUUUAUUGACAACUGAUGACAUUCUCUUCAAAGAUGACGACUAUGACUUUAAUGACACCCAACUGGUUUACGUCCGAGUGGGAAUUCUUUCAGGAAACAUAGUUUCAUCAGCAGACCCUACACAACCUCUUUACCGUUUCACUCAGGCUGACCUGAGAGAUGGGAAGGUUUUGUUCAUCCACCACGGGGCCGACCGUGAGCAAUUCCAACUUCAGGUAUCUGACGGGUACCACAAGACCACAUCCAUGCUUCAAGUUCAGGCAGGUGACUCUUUUCUACGUAUAACCAACAUUAGCAUGGUGGUAAUGGACCAUGGUAGCACCAAGACCCUGAACACCAGUAUGAUAAGUGCAGAGUCCAACAUGGACAUUAGAAGUCCCGCUGAGAUCAUCUAUGUUGUGACUUCUGCACCCACUGAUGGUAGGAUUAUAGUCAGCGGAGUUGAAUCUUCAACGUUUACACAAGAGGACCUAAAAAAGUGUGUGGUCUCUUAUGAAAACAAUUACCAGAGCCUUAGUUCGAAAGAUUCCUUUGCCUUCACUGUGCAAGCUAAGGGUUUGUCCACAGAGGGUACUUUCAAGAUUAAGAUAUUCAAGAAAGGUUACCUGUCGGAGCCUGAGGUAUUGGCAAACCAGUUGAUCAUCGCAUAUGAGGGAGAACAUUCUGUUAUCGACCAAGACCACUUGAAGGUUGAACAGACAGACAUCCUCCCCAAAGAGAUGGUGUUCUCUGUUAAAGAGUUUCCACGCCUGGGUCACGUGGUUAAACUCAUCAACGACUCAAAGAUCCUAGACUACAUUCAGUCCUUCACACAGGAGGAUAUAAACAUGGGCAGAAUUGUCUACGUGUCCACCUCUCUUCAAGGCAAGGACCACUUUGCUGCCGAUGUCAGCAAUGGAUUCACCACAGUUGAAAAUGUGGAGGUGCAGGUGGAAAUUGUCCCACGGCUCAUACCUGUCCAGGUGGUCAACCUCACCGUUAGGGAGGGGGGAUCCGUGGCGUUGACCCAAGAGGUUCUGAAUAUCACGCACCCCUUCUACAGGCAAUUGAGUGUUGACUUUAUUAUGGAGGAGGAGCCUCAACACGGAGACAUCAGAUAUGUGGAGGACGAGGAUGGGGUUGUCAGCUUCACCUGGGCCGAAGUACAGCAGGGCAGGGUAUUCUACUUCCAUGACAGCAGCGAGACCACGGAAGACAGUCUGACCCUCAUGGCUUCGGCUUUCGACAUCACUCGCCAGAGUCUAUCCCUGUUCAUUGGCAUCACCGUCAAACCUGUGAACGACGAAGCUCCCAUCAUUCAACUCAACACUGGACUAGAGCUUCAGGUUGGUGAGAAGUCUGAAAUCACAUCCAGUAUGUUGAGCACUGAGGAUGAGGACACGCCUCCAAAGGAGCUGCUUUACGCCAUCGAGGAGCCAAUCAAUGGAAUCGUGGUGUUGAAAGCAUCACCGGAUGACAGCGUGGACGCCUUCACGCAGGCUCAGAUCGACAACGGAGAGGUUUUUUUUAAUCAUCAGGGCUCGGCAUCCGGAGGGUUCAGUUUCACCGUGACUGAUGGAGAGCACACCUCACCUCUCCAUCGCUUCGUCGUCAUGGCAAGACAGCUCAAUAUCACCAUGGAAACGCAGGGCGAACUCAUGAUCUUCCCAGGCACCAGGCAGGUGAUCGGUGGAGAUAUUUUGCGAGCCACAACUAGUGAAGACCGAGAUGAAAUCACAUACUCUCUGGUGAAGCCUCCUCGCCUGGGACGAAUAAUCAGACCCAACCAGAUCGGACAGUUCGAAGAGAUCUCCAAAUUCACACAGACCGAGGUGGAUGCAGGUGCAGUGUAUUACGAACACCAGAUGCCGUCCGAGCCCUUCUGGGUGCUGAGAGAUUCAGUCGAGCUGGCCCUGUCGUCUCCCCCGGCAACAGAGUUACAGCACAGCCUCCCGGUUACUGUGUCGUACUACGCUGCCCAUCGAAAUGUGUCGUCUCAGCUCUGGAAGAACAAGGGUGAGUCAGUAGUGCAGGGUCAAUCCAAAGUGAUUGACCGUUCUGUGCUGGACGCUUCUAAUCUUCUGGCCAGUCUGCCUGAGAAGAAGCGUGCGGGCCAGGAUAUCGUAUAUGAGGUGCGUCAAUUCCCCGUUCACGGACGACUCAUGCUCGGAGGGUCCGACCUGCCCCGCAACGCUCCCCAUUUCCUGCAGGACGAUGUGACACGCGGUGAUCUAAAAUACCACCAUGACGACUCCGGCGCGUCUUCCGAUAGCUUCUCAUUCUGUGUCCGUUUGAACCCCAGCGGCCGCACUCCGCAGGCCCAGCCCGGCUCUCUGGUUCUGGAGGAGAUCUUUCGAAUCGCCAUCAGGCGACGAGAUUCGAACCCUCCGGAGGUCGUGAUCUUGGACGGGCUUCUGGAGGUCUUGGAGGGUUCCACGACCAUCAUCUCCAAAGAGUACCUCAACACGGUGGACCAAGAUAACACACCCGACGAGGUCCGAUUCACCGUUUCUAAGAGCCCCGCUAACGGAUAUCUGAUCGACACCGACACCGGAGAACAAAUCAAGCAGUUUAGCCAGGACGAUGUCAACAUGGGACGGGUCGCGUUCGUCAGCGACGGGAGCCUGUCAGAAGGCUUCAUUGAGUUUACGGUGUCCGAUGGGAAAUACCAAACAGGCCCGUACACGCUGCAAAUUGGGGUCAUGGGAAGAACUCUGGUGCUCAACAAAGCUCCGGAGAUCCACGUGAGGCAGGGCGACGACGAGACGCUGAUCACCGAAGACAUGCUAAGUGCCUCCACCGGGGGGAUCGUGGACGAGGAUGUGAUCUACAAGAUCACCAACGCACCCAAAUACGCCGCCGUGAUGGUAGACAGAGAGCCCACCUCGGGGUUCACGCAAAAGCAGAUCAAAGGAGGACGAGUGAGCGUACGUUUCGUCAAGUCCACCUCGCCGAGGGACAGCGUGGCCUUCGUGGCCCGGAGCCGAGCGGCGAAUGUUUCCUCCACCCUCAACAUUACCGUGAAACCUCUGGCUAAGAUGGCCCAGAAUCCCUUGCUCCCCCAAGGCACUACCGUACUUAUGGACAAGAAGUUGCUGGACGCUACACUUCUAGCCAACAAGACCAGAAGUUCUCCUACCUUCAGUGUGAUCCAGCAACCGCGUGGCGCUCGGUUUAUUAAGAGGGGCGGUACAGAGGACGGCCAGCCUGUGAGCACCUUCACUCAGAGAGACUUGGAUGACGGACAGGUUGCCCUCGAGAUCCUAAACACAACCGCCGGUCAGGGUCAAGACGAAGCUCGGUUCCUCCUGAAAGCUCACGGGGUUCCUCCCGCGGAAUGCGUCCUGCCGUUCCACACCACGCCUUACGAUCCUUCCAGCACUUACGCCGCGACUCUUCUCAAAGUCCCUCCACCCGUGUCCGAAGGUUCACCCAUACCCAGAUUGAGAGACGGGGCCACCGCAGCGACCCCCGUGGUGUCCAGAAUGAACACUCUCUGGGCGAUCCUCAUACCCAUCCUCAUCGUUCUUCUUUUAAUGCUCAUCGCCGCACUUCUGGUCUACUACCUGAUCCGGCGCAACAAAACCGGCAAGCACGACGUUCAGACGGUAGCGGCGAAGCCGAAGAAUGGAGAGAUGAGUCAGGAGACGUUCAGGAAAACCGAUCCGGCGAACACCAUCCCCAUGUCCAACAUGGACUCCAAAGGGACGGAUCCCGAGUUGAUACAGCACUGUCGGACAACAAACCCGCCGCUGAAAAAGAACCAGUAUUGGGUUUGAGACAGAGAAGAGAGUGGACAGCGCUUUCAAGGCUUGCUUGAAUCAUUCCGGUCAGCGUUCUACAAAUUUCUUGCUGUAAUGAUGAAUUUAAAUUCAGCACAUGUUUGAUUUAUAGAUUCUGAAAUGUCACGACCAGAACUCUGUGUGCUGAUUUCUCUUAGAACAAAAAUAGACGACCGAGAACUUUAUGGUACUUUUGGACAAAAACAUACGUUUGAUAUGUUUGAGCAAUGGUUUGUAUGUAUGUUACAGCGUCAAAUAACGUAAAAUCUCAGAGUGUCAGGUCUCUGAUUUGUGUUUGGAUGCGUUUUGAACACAGAUCAAUUUUUAUGUAUAUUCAGCAGGUGUCACAUGGUUUAAAAUCAAUCUUUAAGGAAUGUUCCGGGUUAAGCUCUAUAGACAACAUAUGUGACGUUUAUUUUAACCUAGUGUUUUUUAUGAUUUUACUCAGAAAGAGAAGAAGCAAACAACAAUUUUGUGGUCAACACAUUUUCCUUAAAUUCUACUAAGUACAAUCAUUUUGUCCAGUUUUUCUAAUUGAAUUCAUACAGCCGUGGAAACAAAUUUAAGAGACCAUUUCGUUUGUCUGAUUUAAAAAAUGUACAAUUUAUAGGUAUGUGUUUAGAUGAUCAUUUCUGCUUCAUUCUGCGAACUACUGAAAAUCUCUCCCAAAUUUUAAAUAAAAAGAAAUUGCUUUUAUCACAGAAAAUGAAACCUGGAUGAAAAAGAUGCUCUGUGUUUUUUCAGACCUCAAACACUGCAAAGAAAACACGUUCAGAUUCACUUUUAAUCAAUGGUUUAACAAUUCUUUUAGAGUUUUCAUGCGUCUUCUUAUGCUGUCUGUCUUCAUAUUGCUAUUGGAUGACUUUAUGUCACUCCUGAGGUUUGAUUUGGUUGAAAUUCAUCAGGGAACGGACACAAUAUAUCUAGAAGUGCAGCUUAAAUGAACAUUGCAAUGUUCUGUUCCGUGGCUGUAUAAGUCAGCCAAUGUCUUCUUCACAUUAUUUUUGUGUUUCAACAAACUUGUAGUUAAAAUAUUGUGCGGUUAUCUGCAUCGUGCCACAGAUGUUUAUACAUGUAUGUGUUGAUCUUAUCUUGCUUUAAACCAAGAACAUUCCUUAAAACUCUAAAAAGUUUUACUUUUAUCAUAUUACACAUCUAAAAUAGUGCCAUUUUAGAAUCAUGCUGUGCCUGAAGUGUCUUUUCAAAGCUAUAUUGUACAAAGUUUUUUCUAUCAAACACAAAUUUGGAUGCUUCGAGAGCGUCAAUUCAUGUCCACUAACCAAAAUCCCAGUAUGAAAGAAUGCUUUUAUGUUUUUCAUAUUUUCGUAUAAAUCUGUCUUUAUUUUCUUAUGAAUCUUUUAUUUUCUGCUCUGAUUGUUGUAUCUUUUUAGUCUGCUAACGCUCAUCCGCUGCACUGAUUCCAGGCACUGAAGAGCUGUCAGAUAUUCUUCUUCUGAAUCGCAGUUCGUACAGGAAGUGAGUCAGCUGUGUGUAUUCACCCUGUGUCCUGAUUGGCUGCAGGGAAGAUAUGAGGUCAUCAUUUUGUACAUGGUGGUGCUAUUUUCCAGAGCUCACUUUCAAAGAAACUUUCUUAAAGUUUAAAAGUAUGAAGAGUUUAUGUGGCUGCAUGGGUCUUAUUUGAUUUCAGAAGGUGGACAUUUGAGCGUAUGCAUUUUACAACACUCAAUCCAAAAUGUUUUGCAAUCUCUGCCUUUGUCUGUUCAGGGUGGAAAAAAACAUUUGUGUCAUUGUUGCAGUUCAGGAAAUGUAUAAACCGCGAUUUUAGUCUUAAAUUCUGGCAUAUGUGACACUGGCAUGUCAAACUCUACAUCAUUAGGAUUUUAUAACUGCCUAAAUAAAACAAUUGUGUUGAUUACCUCAGUAGGUCAGUUCUCUUAUUUAGCAUCCAAAUUUGUUGAAUUAUAGAUGUUCAUUCAAAAACAUUUCUUACUUGGGUAAAUGUUUUUAAUCAGUUUUCUAUCCCAGACCAUUUCCUUUCCUUCAUCAUGAUCAUUCCAGCAAUUUAAUGACAGCGAAACAUGGUCUGUUCCCAAUGUACUGCAUAUAGAAUCAAUAUCACUGUUAAAUCUCAUUUUUUUUCUUCUUUUAUAUAUUAAGCUAGUGUUAACAGCAUAUCCUGGGGUUGUAAUAGCUAUCUGAGACCACUCAGGACAUUUUGUAUCUGUAUUUCUGCAGAGCAGAAUGAGAUUUACAUUAAAACUCAGGAUAUGUGUUUGUUCUCUGUGUGUUAAUGGGAAUUAUUUACUCUUAACCCUAAACCACGUUACUCCACCCACAACCAUCUUAUUUGUGUUUUAAAUUCAGUUUGUUUGUAAAUAUUUGUUUCAGAUCAGCUAACCUGUCAUAAGAAUCAAAAUGCACUUUUCUCCAGCUUUUUGAAGAUUUCAUUUGUAGGCGAGUUUAACUUUUUCCAGUGUUAUAAUUUAUUUUCAGCCACUUUAAAUUCAGUUCUUUUUUUGUGUAUAUGCAUUUACACAACAUAGAAAUAAAAUAUUAAAAGUA